CCCUUAGAGGAAAUGUGGACACAGACGCACCGGAGAGUGCAGCUCACUCCGUUCUCUAGCCCCAUGUAAGCAUAGUUGAAUACAUUUCAUUCUCGUUCAGUAUUAUCAGCUGUGAAGUGGCAAUCAAUAUGAAGGUCAAAACAAUAGAUUGCCGGCGUCUUAAGAAAAUUCUAAGGAAGGAACGUGGAAACUGCCUCAUUGUGGAUUGCAGACCGUAUUUUUCUUUUUCGAAUUCAAGUAUAAAAGGUUCAUUCAACGUUAACUUGAACUCCGUUAUCCUUCGGAGGUCCCGGGGUGGCCCGGUACCUCUUCAUUUUGUUAUCCCGGAUGAGAGAGCGCAGUACCAACUUCGAGAGGGUACGAUUUCGACGAUUGUGGCAUUAGAUGACAAAUCGUCCCACUGGCAGAAACUGAAAAAAGACAGUAUAGCACAAAUUGUUAUAAAUACAUUGUCACAUCUUGCAAGUGGAACAAACAUCUGCUUUCUUAAAGGAGGAUAUGAGACCUUUCAUUCCCAGUACCCUGAACUUUGCACGGAGUUGAAACCCGUCCCACCGGCGGGAACCGAAACCGAAAAAAUGGUCGGGAUCAACUUGUGUGAGAAGCUCGGCGCCCAGCACAAACCAGAUUACGAUCAGGGCAAGCCCGUAGAGAUCCUGCCUUUCCUAUACCUUGGCAGUGCCUACCACGCCUCCAGACAAGACUACCUUGAUGACCUUCACAUCACAGCUUUGCUGAAUGUGUCCCGAAGAGACACGGAGCAGUCCAAGGGCCACUGCAAUUACAAAUGGAUUCCAGUGGAGGACAAUCACACAGCAGACAUCCACUCUCAUUUCCAGGAAGCCAUUGACUUCAUUGACUGCGUAAAGCAAACAGGAGGAAAAGUCCUUGUCCAUUGUGAAGCUGGGAUCUCCAGGUCACCCACCAUAUGCAUGGCAUACAUCAUGAAGACCAAGAGGCUGCACCUGGAGGAGGCGUUUGACUUCAUCAAGCAACGGCGAGCGCUCAUCUCCCCCAACUUUGGCUUCAUGGGCCAGCUGCUCCAGUUCGAGUCUGAAGUGUUUUCCACUGCGUCUCCAACCUCUGCUGCCCCCUGCAGUCAAGAAACUGUCUCAUUCUUAUCAAAGGACUUCACCUUUAACAAAAACUAUGAACCCUCUGUGUUUACGCUCCCCGGGGGCUUCCUGGCACCUAUACCCCUCCAAACACCAGUUCACCAAUUUAAGUUGAGUCCAAUAACUGCACUUCCUUAAUGUUGCUGCUUGGCCUCCUACUUGUCUCCGAAUACUUGAAAAACAAAAAUGUUCAGCCAUUGUACAAGUUAUUGAAAUGAUGAAGCUGGUUUGCUUGAAAGAGAGAAAAAAUGACAAAACAUAUUUUGAAAGGACUGAGGACAAGGCAAAUCUGGUGGUUCUUGAAAUCCAUACACACUGAUGCUGUUGCCUGUGAUGUAUGUGUAGUAAACAGGAUUAUAUAAUUAUAGCAAUAGCUGCCUUACCUUGAAGUUCCUAUUACCUAUUCACAGAGUGUGGAAAGGAUUUUUUAAUUUAUUCUUAUUCUUGUUUUUUACAAUUUCUGUGAAAAGGUUAAUAAAACAUUCUUGCACAAUGUGA